AUGUGGUUUACGGCUACGAAGCGCGUUGAAGAAACAAAAAUCGUAGCGGUCGAUAACCAUCCAGAAAUAAAACGGAGUCUUACAGUGAAAAUCGCGAAGCGCAAACCGAUACCAUUGUUCUUCAAAGACGCGUGCAGUGUUUUGGACAUUUUCACAGAGACCCCACUCAUUUACAAGCCGAAAAUGACAAGGAAAAUACAAAUGGAGGACGACAACUCCAUAUCCAUGAUCGGGAUAACGGUAUUUCUAGUGAUACUCGUGUUAAACGCCGCGAUAGAUGUGUUAAAGGAAAAGGAAGAACGGAAGAAGAAGCUAAACACGGAAGGAAGGAGGCAGUCGCUAGCUGAGUUCGCUAAUAAGAAGCCAUUACGACGAGAGUCUAGUAAAUUCAGCUUCCAGCUGUUCCAAAUACCUGAAACAACGAAUACCGAGGAGACAGAAACGCGUAAAAAACUUUACUUGAGAGGUGAUUCAAUAAAUUCCUAUUUCAGUGAUAAGAAACCACAGACUGAAACAGCUCCCGCUUCUAUAGGCGACACAAACGAACCGAAAUUGGUAAAACGACAAUCUAUAGCAAAACUAAUUGGAGCGCGCCCCGUACCAAUGGUACGUCGUUCAUCAUUCCCCGUUCUACCUUUGAACCCCGAAGUCAAAGCUUUGAUGCACACAAAUCGGCAAUCAUCGUUUGACAGUGAUGAUGAAGUGCUGAGUGAAAAUUGCAAGCUAUCUAAAAAUACUAGAAUGAAUUACGAGCAAUUGCCCAACGUUCUACAUUGGAAUUAUCGAGGGUUCACAGAAUUCCCCCUCCAGAAGCUAAGGGGAGAAGAAUCAGAUGUCGUCGACAUUUAUCUAAAGGAGAACCUCAUUUCGCGUAUUCCGAGCGAUAUUUGCAAACUAAGCAAUCUAGAGAGCCUGUACUUGAGCGGUAAUGAUAUUACAGAGUUACCGCGGGAGAUAUCGAAGUUACGUUGCCUUAAGUGCCUGGAUAUUAGCGGGAAUCGAUUAAGAUUUAUCCCGGAGGAGAUAGCUGGAGCGAGGAAUCUUAAAUUUCUGAUAUUAGACGAAAAUGAGCUGAAACAACUGCCGCUACGGUUGGCUGAGAUCCGCACGCUUCGUUAUCUUUCGGUUUGUGAUAACCAAUUACAAUGGCUUCCACAGCGACCCGUAUAUAAUUAUCAUCAUUGUGAAUUUAGAUUUUGGAGGAAUGUUCACUUGAAGACCAUUCCGUAUUCUCUAUGGUACCACAUGUUUCGGGAACAACAGACAAGAAGUUUAAAUAUUGGGUGUCUAGAUACCCGAAACGAGACAACACUUGGCAGAUGCUUAAAACUAACUAACAGGAAAAAUUCGGAAUUCAGAAUCAGUACGUCAGAUCCUUACAAUAUUAUACUCCACAGCAACAAACCUUCGCCGCCAAGCCUCUUCGAAUUAUCCAAAAGGAAAUUUUACCAACUGCUCUGUAUGACGACGAAUAAAUUAAAUGAGAAACCGUUUAGUGGAUAUAUGGAUAUAUAUAAAGACAAUUUGAACUCUCUGGAAAAGCAUUUAGGCGAUUUCAAAAUUCACAGAGACGAACAAAAUAAUGACAUUAACGGGAAUUACGAAUCCAGUCCUAUAUCACAGGAUAUUAGUUUAAAUGAGAUGAUGGGUGUUAAAAGCAAAAGGACGUAUGUACCAGCAGAUAUUAUUGAAGAGUACUUUUCUUAUUUGCCAAGUUUUUUGAAACGAGACCUAAGCCACGGUCCUUAUUCGCGCUGCGAAAAUAUUAUGUGCAAGAGACCUGUAUUCGAUUUCGCAUUUAUGGAAUUCUGUGUGCAGAAAAUAAUCUUGAUUGAUAAGACGGAAGACGUUACGUUAAGUGCUGUCUUUUGUUCGAAAAAUUGUUCAGAAGUGUGGAAGGGCGAAAAACACGUUUUGGAAUGGGAGUUUAUGUAA